CCUAAUUUAGAGUUUCUACCUUUUUGCAGGCUUACACGCACCACGUGCAGCAUACUGAAACAACACUGGGCAGCUCAGCAGGGACUGGCAUCCCUACGUUCCAUUUUCCCCCAGCCAACAGUGUGGCUGCCCCAGCAGAUCCCUUGGUUCAGCUCUUCUGGGAGCAGCUGAUGCAGCAGAAACUCUUGCACCCGCUCCCUUUGGCUCCCCUCCCUGCAAAGCACUAAAUAUGUCUUUCCCACACGGCCGCUGAGCUCCACUGGCCCAGAGCCCAUGAGCACUAAAUUGUCUUUCUGAUUCAAUUAAUCCAGCAGAAUUCCACCAGCCCAUUGCCCCCCACCUCGUCCCAUGGAAGCCUAGGAUUCCACCAAGACUCAAAGAGUACCAUCCUCCUCCACUGACACUUGCAGCACAAGACCCUUGCUGAGAGGGUCUGUUCCAGACACCAAAACAUAUCUCAGGAAAAACAGCAACAUUUUGCAAGGCUCAAGGAUUUCCAGUACAUCAGUGGCAGGCCAAGAAGGAGCAACUCUUCUACUGCUAUGAAAGGAAACCUCUAAGCCCUACCCCUGUACCAUUAACUAUUGUCCUCUACAAGAUCUGGAAAACAUGAAGGCUGUAGCCCUCUUCAUUUGUCUUGUAGGACCAGUUUUUGCUAUUCCAAGUGAAUAUAUUCAUUCUGAAGCCUCAAAGGAAGAGAACACAGGGUAUGUAGACAAGGGUGAUUUGCUGCUUACUCCCAGAAACUUAAAACCAGGCUCUGAAGACAGGGAUGAGCCCCAGACCAUUAGGAAACAAAGAAGAACUGGGAGCGAGCAUCAAGUGAAAAACAGCCUGAAAAGCAUCGAUUUCCUUGUACUGCACAAUAAACUAGGUUUGGCUUCUGAUAACCAGGACAGUGACUCUGGGAGCAGCAGCAGAGAACAGUCCAGCUCUGAGCACGACCAGCUCAGGAAGCAUGAGAAACACGGGAACACGGCAAACCGACACCUUCCAGGCCACGCAGAACACCCAUUGGGCGCUUUCAGCCUUCAUCACGAGCAUAACAUGUGGAAAUAUAACAAAAAUGCUGUUGGCCUGUCAAAAAAAAACAGUGAAAGCGAUGAAGAGGAAAGCAUGGAAGAAGAGGAUGAGAAAUGGGAUGAAGAAACUGAUUACAGAGACACAAAGCACAAAGACCAUCAGACACGUCAAGGUGACCAAUACAAAAGACAGCAACAUGAGAACAGCAUGCAAUUAGAUGAACUCCUGAGAGAUUCCAGCCAACCAACCUGGAAAACCAAGAGACACAGCAAGAAAUUUGACCUAGAGGAAGAAGAGAGGGAAAACAGGAAGAAGUCCUAUAAAGAAGAAAUCCCCCUCUCUCAAAAAACCCGUAAUGAAUAUCAGGAUGGCAAACAGCAAAGUCAAGAGAGAAAAUACAAUAUUCAAGUGAACUAUCAGAAUGAUCGUGACACAGUGGUGAAAAUAAAAGAUAGGGAAGACAGUAAUGAUGAUGACGGUCACGACAGUGGUGACAUUGAUGGUGAGGAGUAUCUCAGCAAUACCUGGAAAGACACAGCCUAUGAGGAAGAGGAGAGAAUCCAGAGUAACGACCAGGAGAACACCAGUACUGAGUCUGAAGGGGAAGGAACCACUGAGGAUGACACUGCAGUUCGCAAAGAGACUGAGGAUUACCAAAUUGUCAAGAUUAAAGACCUUGCUCCCUCUGAACAAGAUGAUCAUGAGCCACCUGAUUCUGACAACAAGCAGCAACUGAAAAUGAGUAGCUCCAUUCAGAACAUGAAUUCAAUGGACAGUGAAGAUAAGGUUAAGACUACAAACAGUUCCCGUGGUGAGAUGGAAAGUGUCAGCAACAGGAAUGAGCAGGCUGUCCUUGGACUGCCAGACACGUGUCGGAACUUCCACUGCAAAAGAGGCAAAGUCUGUCAUGCAGACAAACAAGGGGAACCCCACUGCAUUUGCCAAGAUCCUGCUGCUUGCCCUCCCACCGAAGACUAUGAGCAUGUUUGUGGUACAGAUAACAAGACUUAUGACGGCACAUGUCAACUCUUUGGCACCAAAUGUCAACUGGAAGGGACAAAAAUAGGACGCCAGCUGCACCUAGACUAUAUGGGCUCCUGCAAACACAUCCCUCCCUGUACUGAUUAUGAAGUGGAUCAGUUUCCCCUCCGGAUGCGGGACUGGCUUAAGAACAUCCUUAUUCAAUACUAUGAACGUGACCUGAGCACUUCUGGGAUUCUAACCGAAAAGCAAAGGAAUAAGGUAAAAAAGAUCUACCAGAAUGACAAGCGCCUUGUGGCUGGUGACCACCCAGUUGAGCUGCUCCUGCAUGACUUUGAGAAAAAUUACCACAUGUAUGUGUAUCCUGUGCACUGGCAGUUUCACCAGCUUGAUCAGCACCCUGUUGACAGAUUAUUAACACACUCGGAGCUCGCACCCUUGAGAGCCUCCCUUGUUCCCAUGGAACACUGCAUAACCCGUUUCUUCCAAGAGUGCGAUGGAGACCAGGACAAACUCAUCGCUUUGAAGGAAUGGUGCCACUGCUUUGGGAUUAAGGAAGGUAAACCCAAAAGAAUAGGCAGAUGUACCUGACAGAAUGUUCCCACCAAGAACAUUACUCACACAUCAGCAAAGGUCUGAGGCAAAGAAAUUGUAAGCAGAAGCCCAUGGCUACUGUGCCGAGAGGAAAACAGAACACUAAUAACAAGACUGCAAAGGGUCAACAAGGGUUAAGGGUUAACAACAUAGCACAGGUUAAUCCCAGAAGAGUUAUGGGACAGAAGGCAUUUGGCCAAACAGGACUGAAGAAAUGUGUUCAAAAUCCUACUAGCAAGUCCCUAAUUUUAAGCAGAGGCUGAUUCUAGUCAGAAGUCAGACACACGGAACCUUUGCUCUUCCCAGAAUUUUUCAAGCUCUUCUGAUGACAUUUUACCAGUCAUGAAGGACUAAAGCUGCAAGGACUUAUCUAAGUACAUGUAUACUUCUGCCAGUGAUUGCUCAUUCAUAGCAUCAGUCACUUUAUUGAUAGUGAUACAGCAUAAAAAUGUCUCUUUGGCAUAAAAUGUUAAUAAUGUUUUCUUCAUCUUUGUUGCAGAGGACAUAAAUGAAAAUCUCCUUUUCUGAGCCCGGCUGAACAGACUCCCACUACUGCACUAAAACUGAUGAAUCCUGCUUACUUCUGUAAUUAACAGCUGAACAGCUUUCAAGAAAAUGGUGGAAUAAGGUUCACUAAAUUCUUAUCAAACAACCCAAGUGCACAAAAUUUCUACAUUCAUUAACAGCAGAAAAAUGUAACUACUUCAUAGCUAAAAAAAAAGUGUUUCCCCCCACAUGUAUCCAUGAUCUUUCUGAACCAAUAAAUACUACUAACCUAGUGACUAAGCUGUUCACAAAACUCUUCAGCAGAAUUAUAGAAUGUAGAUUUUAUCACUCACUGAAAUGGGACCUGUUUCCUUUAUUUACUGUAUUGUCAACACGCUGCAUAGAAGUCUCAAAUAAAAUAGAAGUCUAUUGGA